AUGAAGACUCAGCUCAUGCGCAGCCCGCGGGCUGCUGGAGGCCACCAUUGGCCGCUAUCAGGGCGGUAUCAGCGUGGGCCGCGCCCAUGCCACGCUUCGGAGGGUGACGCCAAGCCCGCUGCUCCAGACGUCGCCGACACGGCCAGCCGCGCGCCGUCAGGCGACGCGAGCGGGACCGGCGGCGUGAUGCCGCCAAUGCCCAAGCGCGGCUUCUUCUCCAUAGCAGACCCCAACGCUGAGGUGUACAGCAAGGCAGGCGACAAAUUCGACCCCGCAAAGAAGCCGGACAGGUGCGGGCGGCAGCUGCAUGCAGCCGCGCUCGCGCGGCGACAGAGGCGCGGUGCGCCGCAGCAGCAGCAGCAGCAGCAGCAGCAGCAGCAGCAGCAGCAGCCGGCACCUCACCACACGCCCUGUGCCGGCCGCCGAAAACUGCCCCAUUGCAGGUACAAGCCCGAGUUCAUCUGGAAUACGAACUGGCAGGAGCAGCUGAAGCUGCAGGAGGAUCUCGAAAGGCGGCGGGCGGAGUACCUGGAGCAGCAGAGGAACGGCGGCGUGAAGCAGGCCGCAGACGCCAAAGGCGUCGUGUCGUUCAGCCGACUCAGCGCCUUGGAUGACAUAAAUGUAGACCUGUCAGAGCAGCUGCGCCGCGCGCAGCAGCGCGACGAGGAGCAGCGGCGCCUGCGGGAGGAGCGGCGGCGGCAGCAGGAGGCGGAGCGGGGCGCGGCGGGGCCGGCGGCGGCGGCGGCGCCGCGGCAGCAGCAGCAGCAGCAGCGGCCCCGCGCGGCGGGCGGGCAGGGGGCGUCUCCGUCUUACCAGUUCAAGGACCUGCCUACAAGGGUCGAGGCGCGCAGGUUCGCCCGCGCGACGCGCAUCGCGAGCUCCGGCGUCGCCAUCGACUCCGUCGGCCAGCUGGCACCUGAGGAGGCGGCGCGGCGCGCGGCGGAGGCGGAGGAGGGGCGGGUGCGGUAUGAGGCGCUGAAGCUCGAGUUUCAGCUGUGGACGCUGGCGGCGGGGGCGAUGGGGACCGCCACCACGUACUUCCUUUACACUCCGGACGUGUCUGCGAGCUUUGCGGUGGGCGCGCUGGGCGGCCUGUUCUACCUGCGGCUGCUGGGCCGCAGCGUCGACGGCAUCGGCGGCGGCGGCGGCGGCGGGGGCCUGGCGCAGCCGCGGCUGCUGAUACCCGUAAUCCUCGUGCUGGUCUUCAACAGGUGGAACCAGGUGUAUGCCGCCAACGCGGGGCUGACGCUGCAGCUCAUCCCCAUGCUGCUGGGGUUCUUCACCUACAAGCUCGCGGUCAUCGGCCGCCAGGGCUUGGCGGAGCUGAGCAGCUUCUCAGUGGUCCGCAAGGAUGAGGGCCAAGACAGCGGCGACAAGGACGGCGACAGCGGUGCAGCCGACGACGGCGGCGCCAUGACGCUGGACCGGAUCUUUGUCGAGCGCGUCACACGGGAGUGGUGA